CUUGAUCAAACUUGUUUCCUUCUUUUGGGUCGUGUCCGCGCCUGAACUGAACUCAUUCGCAUUCUGCUGAUCAAGUCGCUGUCACUCUUCUUUAGCAUCACAAGUAUUAUAUACACCACAGCGCUAUUGGACUGUGUUUUCUUGCUGUUGUUUGUUUACAGGAUAGUGUCCUGUGCUGGCCGAAGCUAUCUUUCACAAACUAAGCUUCCCUUCAUCAGUCAUGUCUAACACGGCUCCUGGCCAGUCUCGGCCAGACGAUGCCAGAUGUUACAACUGCGGCGAUUCUGGCCAUUGGACUGUUGCAUGUCCAGAGCCUACUAGGGAAACUCCUGCUGGUCUCGCAGCUUGGAGAAACGCCAACACUCCUGGACACGGAGGUAAUAGAGAUCAUCAUGGCGGAUCGAAAAAGUCUAAAGGUCCUAUCAUUACCAAAUACACACCUGCGCCUGUAACAGCAUCAGCACCAGGCGUGGCUCGAUAUGGUCCUCCUCCAGGAUAUGGACCACCACCUGCACACUACCCCGCGGGGCCUCCCUCCUAUCCUCCACAGUACCCUCCUUACGGAUCCCCAGCAUCUAACUAUGCACCACCUGGCUACUCACCUCCAGGAUACUCUAAUCCAUAUCCUCCACCUUCGUAUGGUGGUCCUCCCCCAGGUCUUCCGGCACCUCCUCCCAGACCUCCUGGCACUUAUGCUUCUCCUCCUCCGCCUCCACCUCAACCCCCAGCGCAACCACCAUCAUAUCCACCACGUCCAUAUGGUCCUCCUCCGCCUCGUCAAGACCAUUUACCCUACCCUCCACAACCUCAUUAUCCCCAUUAUCCUCCGCCAGCUUCAGUGCCAUAUGGGCAGCAUCCACCGCCGCCAUCAUACCCGCCCCCUUAUCCCUCUCACAGCGCGCCUCCGACAUAUGGGCACCCUCCGCCUUCACGGCCUCCUAUCCCGUCACCAGCACCACCUUCUGCAUCGCGUCCACAUAGAUCAGCUUCAUCCUCUGUACCACGCCAGAAUUCUGUAUCAACAUUACCUGUGUCAGCUUCUUUGCCCCCUAAACCUUCUCUGCCCCCAAAACCACCACAACCCAAUCAGCAUGGUCAACCUAGUAGAGGACGUCGGGACUUUCCUGACCAUUCUCGAGAUCAUCGUAAUAAGCGGAAGAAUGACCGACACUCUCGCAAUCACGACAACCGACAAAAGAAGAAUCAGCCUCAAUCUCGGCCGGAUCAGAAGGCACAAGACAAUAACAACAGACGUCUUGAUUCCAAGACGCCCAACCUUCCUAAACCUGCAUCGUCUCCUCAACAGGGAGAUAAGAAAGGCUCCGCAACUGCCGUUAAGCCAAAGUCAAGCCCGCCUGCUGCUUCUCCUGAAACUAAAAAGGUUCAAGUUGAAACUCCUAAACCUGAUUCAUCACAGAGACCAGAUACAGCACCCGAAAAGACUGUCGACGAUGAAUUUGAAUGGGACAAGAAGGCCAUAUUCAUUGAGGCAGAGCCACGUCAUCCGCCAGAUGAGGUUGGUAAGCCAUUGCCAGCAGAAUAUAAUGAUGAGGUGCUUCUUCCUAGAAAAUGGGAUGCAAAAUGCAUCGAGUCGGACUAUGUUCAAGCUGACAAUAUCGAGGAAUACGUGAAGCCAAUACACGAAACCCCGUAUUGGUCAAAGAUCGAACACGACCCCGCGUUCGUACGAGACGGCAAGCUUCCUAGCGGAGAUCCUAUAGCCAAGCUCCCGCCAAAGCCAAAACCAAAACCAAAACUAGAGGAGAUCGCUCGGAGUGAAAGCUCCGAAAGUGGCGAGGUCCAUGAACGACUUGCAAAACGAGGUCACCCAGAUGACGAUACCCCUGGUGAGCGUCCAGUGAAGAGACAAAGAUCCCGAAGUUCUUUAGAUGCCAGCCGCAGAGGAUCACGGGGAGGAUCACGGGGAGGAUCACGGGGAGGAUCACGGGGCCGAUAUUCGCGCUCGCGUGAUUCAUACGUUCCGCAAGGACGCAGGUCACGUCCAGGUAGUCCCGAACGUCGACCUACAGAAUUUCGUAAUGUCGACGACCAGCGACGGUCUAUAGACCGGUACCAACCAGAUCGGGAUAGAGAUCAUAGCCGUGGUCGUGGACGUCGCCGGAGUCGGAGUCGAAAUCGCAGUCGCAGUCGCAGUCCUAGCCGCAGCCGUCGCCGUAAUCGUACUCCAGCGUCGCGCGACUCAUCGGUAUCUGCUGCAUCUUCAGGAUUGGAUUCAUUGGAAGCCGAGUUGCUGGGACGAGAUACUAAAGCAAAGACUCCUGAAGGAUCCCCGAGACAAAAAUCGUCCAUGUCGGGCCUCAAGCCAAAACGGCGACAAGCGAAGCUCGAUUCAGCUUAUAGUCGCCGUUGGUAGGCUACACAACAGCACUGGUUGCGUAUUACAACUUCUCAACCUACUGGUACUUGAUGCUUUCUUUCUUCCGUUCCCCAACUUGGAACCGCAACUCGCGUUGCAAUGAUUCCAUUGUAUCUAGGCCAGGCACUAUUCCCUCUCUACUCUUCUCUUCUCUCCCCUUUAUUCA